AUAACGUGGACCCUUACAAUGCUCACAAUUCGUACAACAUGAACCAACUACAACUUUAUUGCAAAAAUGAAAAAUUUCAUGUCUUUACUUGAUUGAUGAAAGAAAAAUGGCGUUGCUUAACACUUCAUUCUUCAACCCCAAAACCCGCCAAAUUCUGUUUCACCAUCAUCUUCAUCAAGUUAAACCCUUAAAUUCUGUUCAAUUUCCUCAAUUUCCCAAUACCCAUUUGUCUAAUCACCUCAGAAAUCCCAGCUUAAGAUGUUUCUCUCAAAAACAAAGCCAACCCACCCAAAAAUCACUCAAAGAGGAAGAAGAAGAUUUGGGAAAAGAAGUUGAAAAGAAUGAAUUUGAGAGGUUGUUCUCAAAUCUUAAUCAAGCCACUUUGAAGCAUGAACCUGGUAGCCUUAGCAGUUCAAUCUUCCUUGUGGCAGGAACUACGAUUGGUGCAGGGAUUUUAGCAAUUCCUGCUGUGACACAAGAAUCAGGGUUUCUUGCCUCUGCGGUGGCGUGCAUUGGUUGUUGGGUAUACAUGGUUGCAACUGGCUUACUAAUUGCUGAAGUUAAUGUAAAUACGAUGUGCGAGUUGGGUUCUGGGGGUGUCUCUCUGGUGUCAAUGGCAAAGAGAACGGUAGGUUCAGUGGGAGUCCAAGUUGCUUGCUGGUCAUACAUUUUUAUACAUUAUGCUCUCCUUGUUGCCUACAUUGCACGGUCGUCAGAUAUAUUGACAAAUUACCUUGGAAUUCCACUAUGGGAAAGUGCAGCAUUGUUUUCACUGGCUUUUGGAGGAUUAUGUUACUUUGGAAGCCAACGUUUCAUUGGUGCUGUUAAUGGACUGUUAGUGUUGGGGAUCAUUACUGCAUUUACAGCUUUAGUGGUCGUUGCUAGUGCAGACCUACAUCUUGAUGCUCUUUUGAAGGCCAAUUUUGAAGCUGUGCCUUCAAGUAUACCUGUCAUAGCACUUGCUUAUGUCUAUCAUAACGUGGUGCCUGUCCUUUGCACAAACUUGGAGGGUGAUCUGUCAAAAGUAAGGACAGCAGUUGUCGUAGGAACCGCUAUUCCCCUGCUUCUAUUUCUUGUUUGGAAUGGUGUAAUUCUUGGUACCUUCACUAAUCUAGAUUCAGAUGUUGGGAAGAUUCUUGAUCCAUUACAAGAACUGAGAUCAAGCAAUGGAGUUGUUGGGCCAAUAGUCGAUACCUUUUCAAUUUUUGCUAUUGGGACAUCAUACAUUGGAUUUGUUCUGGGACUUGCCGACUUUUUAGCUGAUUUGCUGAAACUCCCUGCUGGUCAAAGCAAACCACUUCCAUAUCUGAUUACUUUGCUCCCACCAUUGGUGCUUGCACUGUUAGACCCCGAAAUUUUUUUCAAGGCUUUGGAUUUUGCUGGAACGUAUGGUGUAUUGGUGCUUUUCGGAAUUCUUCCUGCAGCAAUGUCUUGGUCAGACCGAUACUUGACUUCACCAGAGCUCCCAAAAGUGCCCCAGCAGGUUCCCGGAGGAAAGGUUACUCUUUCCCUAGUGAUGGGUGGCGCUGCAUGGGUCAUUUCAUCAGAAAUACUCAAGACUUUCAAUCACUCUUGAGAAGAUUGUGACAUGCUCCAAUAAAAGAAGGCGACAACAGAAAUUGAAACAAAAAGCUUUGAGACUUUAGGCUAGAAUAACAAGAAGCUGUUUGAAGUAGAGCAUUUAAGAACAAACGAUCCGAUCCUUGGAUAUUAAGAACUCUGCGUGUAUGACAGUAAAAGUGCACAUACUAAACCUUCAUCAAGAUCUACAUGUAAGUAACUAAUAUUACUAAGUAUACCAUUAUACUCCAUAAUGAUCUCUUUGAGCUUGUAAUAUUUUGUUCAUCUCUUUGAGCUUGUAAUAUUUUGUUCAUCUCUUUGAGCUUGUAAUAUUUUGUUCAUCUCUUUGAGCUUUA